CCCCACCCUCUUUCUAUCUACAUUCCUUCUCCAGCUCUCUCGUCCAUCUCCAUUUACGUUUGGUGCUAAAAACCAGUGAAUCAUUGAAACGUGUUCCAGCCUUCCACCUUCUACAUUCGUUUUCAACUCUCCAUUAAAUGAAAAAAUCCAAAAGGAAAAACAAAUUAUUCUAAAGGCUCCUUCAUUUCUCCCCCUCUAGAAAGAACAAGAAAACCAAGAAAUAAAAAAGCCAUGAAACAGUUGCACAAGCAAUCUAGCAUGAACCAUAGGCGGGAUGAGGAGACCCCAUCAACACAAACGCCUCCUUAUUCACCCAAAUCCUUAAAACACCCCAAAUCUAUCCCUAGAUCCAUUAACUAUCUCUUCAAAGAACAACGCCUUCUUUUUAUCCUCAUCGGCAUUUUGAUUGGUUCCACCUUUUUCAUCCUACAACCCAGUUUGUCUCGUUUGGGUCCCACCGAUGCCCAUUCCCCCAUACGCAGAUCUUUCUCCAAGGACAACACCGUCUCCUCCGGCGUCUCCGUUUUUUCCGAUAACCACGACUCCUCGGCUUCCUUUUCAUCCGGUACGAACAGGGCCGUUUAUGGAAAGGUGGGCCGGGUACCUGUUGGGAUCGGACGGCGGAGAAUGAGGGUCGUGGUCACGGGAGGGGCUGGGUUCGUUGGGAGUCAUCUUGUUGAUAAGCUAAUUGCUAGAGGCGAUGAGGUGAUUGUUCUUGAUAAUUUCUUCACGGGGAGGAAAGACAAUUUGGUUCAUCUUUUCGGGAAUCCCAUGUUCGAACUCAUUCGACACGACGUGGUUGAGCCAAUUCUCUUGGAAGUGGAUCAGAUCUAUCAUUUAGCUUGCCCUGCGUCUCCCGUUCAUUAUAAAUACAAUCCUGUCAAGACUAUCAAGACAAAUGUGAUGGGAACUCUUAAUAUGUUGGGGCUUGCAAAGAGAGUUGGGGCUAGGUUUUUGCUGACAAGCACGAGUGAGGUUUAUGGCGAUCCGCUUCAGCAUCCACAGAAAGAGACCUAUUGGGGAAAUGUCAAUCCAAUUGGCGAGAGGAGUUGCUAUGAUGAAGGGAAAAGGACAGCUGAAACCUUAGCUAUGGAUUAUCAUCGAGGUGCCGGUGUCGAGGUGCGGAUUGCUCGUAUUUUCAAUACCUAUGGGCCUCGCAUGUGCUUGGAUGACGGGCGUGUUGUUAGCAAUUUUGUUGCUCAGGCCAUUCGGAAGCUACCAAUGACUGUUUAUGGUGAUGGCAAACAAACUCGCAGCUUCCAAUAUGUUUCCGAUUUGGUGGAUGGACUUGUUGCUUUAAUGGAUGGUGAGCACAUAGGGCCUUUUAAUCUGGGCAACCCAGGAGAGUUCACCAUGCUUGAAUUGUCGGAGGUUGUCAAAGAAACGAUUGAUCCAAGUGCAACGGUAGAAUUUAGACCAAAUACUGCAGAUGAUCCACACAUGAGGAAACCAGAUAUCAGCAAAGCAAAAGAGCUGCUGAACUGGGAGCCUAAAAUCUCCUUAAGAGAGGGGUUGCCUCUUAUGGUGGGUGAUUUCCGGCAGCGCAUUUUGAACGAAGAUGAAGGAAAAGGAGCUUAAAGAGAGAAGAAUAACCAAAACAAGUAUGUACAGUGUGAAGAGCAUCUGUAAUUUGCCAAUUCAUUUAUUUUUAUUAUUAUCAUCUAUGGGAAGAUGUGUUAUUCCUUCCUCUUUUAUUAUUUUAUUUUUUAUUAGUUCAAAGCGUUAACAUCUACAUUGUGCAGUUGUUCGCACGAAGUCAAGUUUUGUAUUGAUUGCUUUUUGAAGGCCUUUGGUGGCCUGGCUGAAGUAUAUGUUCAUCUUCUUCUUGUUUUUGGUCCUGCUGCUUAGCUAUAACCCUAUUAAAGGCAUUAGUAAUGCCUUUGAAAGGCUGCACUUAGGCUUUGUUUGUAAGUUCAAGCAAUAAAAUAAAAAGAAAAAAAUAAUUUUGUAAUUUCA